AUGUACGCGCCACCUUUUCCUCCAACGAAUGGAGGAGGGCCUGUACCCCAACAACAGGCUGCGUUUCCUGCACAAAACAUGAAUAUGGCUGGGGUACCUCCUCAAAAUGCGUUCUUUCAAAAACCAUCUAUGGACGCUGCACAUGGGUAUCCUGGAACGCCGAAUUUUAGCAACGCGCCGCAAAUGCCACCAGCUGGGCAACCGAACAUGAGGCCUUUCCCAACACCUACUUCGACCGCUUCACCUUUCCAGCCACCAACUGGUAUUCCUGGUGCUGUGAAUGGAAUUCAAAAUGGGCCAUCAACUCCGCAGUCUCCACCUCAGCCUGGACCUGGCCCUACGACUAGUCUCCAACAUCAGACACAAGCACCUCCGCCAGCAACUAUCUCUAAUUCACUAAAGCCCUUUAGUGUGAAUCAGCAGAACGGACCUUCGGUACCCCCUGCAACUCAAGGAGCUCCUGUUAUGCGACCGCCUCAGCCAACACCUUCGUUCCAGAGCCAGCCUCAGGCUGUUCCUCCGAAUUACGGGGGUAAUAUCUCCCAGAAUCCUUCAUUGCCAAAUUAUCCUCAACCCGUUUCAUAUCAAGCAAGCUCUGCAGGACAACCUCUAAUGCCUAAUCAGCAACAACACCAGCAACAGGCUGCUCUAAGCGGACCGCCUGGGCCACCUGGAAUGCCAUCUUUCCCUUCUCAAAUGACUGGUCGGGCUCCUGCAGGAUUUCCAGGUCCCGGUGUACCACCUCUUCCACAUGCCGGGUUUGCACACGCUGCUCCUCAAGCUCCUCCAGGACCGCCAGCUCCUCCUGGACAACCUUGUGAGUUUUGUAAGAUUGCUCUGCAUAAGCUCUGAGA